AUGUCAGUGCGUGUAGUAGCAAAAAAUUUAACUUUAUUAAUCCUUUUCUGUCUCUUCCGUUCUUUGAAAUGUCGAGACACCAGUGAUCUCGCGAGAAACAAUACUUUUGAACUGUUGAAGAUUCCCGAGAUUUAUCUUUCAAGGAACAAUUCUCGGGAAGCGAAGUGCGAUGGGCAAAUGAAAAUUUUUGAAAACGCGCUGCAAAAGUAUGAGCGUUGGGCGCUGAAAAUGCUCGAUGCAAGCUCGAAAAUUCCCUCAGGUCUCAUCCAAGGGAACAUCAAGGACCUGGGGAUGUACGACCAAUGCAUCGCAGUUAACGUCACCGUGGGAAACGAGAUAAUACGAGGACAGCACUGCAUGUAUGUACUUGAUGUUAAUAUCAAUGGCACAAAGAUGCCUGUAUCUCUUGUUCUGAGUGCCUGCGUCCCCGCGACCUGCGAAGCCGAACAGGUUACGAAGAAGAUACAGAGACUGAUUGACAUAGCCAGUGGCUUCCUGGACGGAAAUGAGCUUCAGGUGAUUGGCGCGACCUGCUCCAGAAGCGAUGAUCAUCAUUGGGACCUGGUUUUUCUGACUUUUCUAUUAACCUGCACUUUCUGCGAUGUACUAUCACGUUUUACAAGCAUCAAUAGGGGGUUCUUCCAUUCGCUCUGCAAAUUUUCGUUAAUCACCAACAGCCAACACAUCCUAAACACACAAGUCUCUGAAAACCAUAUUCGAGUCAUCUCAGGCCUCAGAUUCUACAGCGUAUGCUGGAUCAUGUUAGCACACUUUUACUAUCACACUUUAUCUGGCAGUGUUAUUAAUCUCCGUGACAUCGUAACAAUUAACACCCGCGUUCUUGGCACUGCUUUCGAUCACGACAUUCUUACUUCCGAAGAUGGGUUCAGGUGCACUCUGGAAAACGACAAUGAACAUCCAGAGUCAUUAUUGCCGAAAAAACUGGUGGCCGAUGCUCCUGAGUGUUUGCUCCACACUUGGUAUCUGGCAAUGGACAUGCAAUUGUUUUGGUUAAGUCCAUUAAUAUUUUAUCCGCUUUACAAGAAGCCUAAGCUUGGAUUAAGUAUUCUCUUUGUCGCAAUCAUUGCGUCGAUAAUCACACCAGCUGUCGUAGUGGCAGUAAAUAAGUUCACUAUCGCUUGGACACUUGCUGGCGAUUUGGACAGAAAGGUAGAUAUGAUGCUUUAUUUUUACUUCGUUACUUACACCCAUGCCGGUCCGUGGUUGCUGGGAGUCUUGGUAGGAUAUCUUUUGGCUACCGAUCGGAGAAUCCCCGGCCCUCGAGUUAGGAAAGUGGGGUGGAUUUUCACCAUUUUAGCUUUCAUGUUCUCGAUUUUUACGUUCAGGAUCUACCAAAGUGAAGACUACCGCUGGAAUAUCUACUGGGAAACCUUCUAUGCUGGAUUGUCACAGCAUAUUUGGGCGUUUGGAGUCUGCUGGAUUAUCUAUGUAUCUGUCUUAGGUCAUGGAGGAUUUAUAGCCAAAUUUCUGUCAUUACCGAUCUACAUCCCAUUCAGUCGGAUGUCAUACUCGAUUUACCUAAUCCACUUUGAAAUUCAAACGAUUAAAAGAGCUUCCUCCAGAGCUCCUACUUACUUUAACGAUGCACAAAUGAUGCAUGGAUUUCUCGGUGAGGUAGUGGUUUACAUCCUAGGCGGAUUUGUUUUCAGCCUCAUGUUUGAGUUACCAUUUCGGUCCUUGAAAAAUUAA